AUGACUGGAUAUAUUUGGGCGUUCCGCGAAAAUCGGGAUGUCUCGUCCGGCCAAUUCGCUUUAACCUGGAUGGCAAUCUGGCUGGCCAUGCAUGUCCAUUUCCUUUUCAUCGACUCCGCUAUCUCUGUCAUCCCGAUGCCCAUCGUACCUUUCUUUGUCUUGACCUGGACCAUACUCAACGUCUCCAGUACCAUUGGUCCGUUUGACCUGUCUCCGGGCUUCUAUCGUAUCGGGUAUGCAUUCCCGGCACAUUCUCUUUAUGAGCUCCUGCUUCAGAACUGGAUGGACGGGUGUAACCCGCAUCUGUAUCGGGCCUUUCCGAUUUUGUGGUCACUCUCUAUAAUUGGCGAGCGUUGA